ACAAAAAAAUGUCUUCGGAGCUUGAUGUAACUGAACCAAUUUUGAAUUCUUCAAUAAAUAAUGAACACAAUGAAAUAAACGGGGGGGAACAGCCCCAUUUGGAUAGUUCACAAGAUGAGGCAAAUCAACAGGAUAAUAAUGAAGUUAACGGCCAACACAUUGAUGAAGAACAUGGGAAUGAUGAAGCUGAUAAUGAUGGAGUGGAAGAAGAGAAAGAUCUUCAACCACCGUUUACACCACCUGCAAAUGUUUCGUCUGGAAUUGUGACUUCUGCUAAUAGGCGCACUUCAACUCGUAAGCGUCGGAUGGCUGUGCCGGCACUUACUCCAACAUCUUCUGUAAAACGGCGUCGAAUUACAAAUGAUGGACGUGGAAAUACUCCUCUUUCUACUCCGAAUAGUGUUAAGAAAAGGCGAACACGAGUUAAAGACCAAAGUGAGAUGCCGUUAAUUGAUUUGGAUGAUCCUGAUGAUCCAUACAAUUUUACUGCAAAUUCUGAUAUUCAUCCUGAACCUUUGGCUGAUAUUAGCGUUAAACGUGCUUCUUUUGGUGAAAUUAAAUUUACAAAGUCUUUGCCUGGUUCAUCAGAGCGUUAUGCAAAUGUUGAACGUAUUGCUGCAGAAAGGAAUCCCUCAUUGCUCAAUAAUACGGGAAUGGGGACAUCAUUCCGUUCAGCGUCAAAAUCGUCUGAUAGUUUUCGUUUGGAACUUUCAAUGAGUAACUCUAGAAGCCCAAAAUCUGCUGCUACAACUGCAUCACGUCUUACUGCUAAUUCCAGUCAUAAAAAGAAUGUGAAUUAUGCUGCUGAUGAGGAUAAUGACAGCAUUGACAAUUUCAACAUGGACGAGGAAGAGGAACAAAUAAUUACUCCUAGUCGUCGAGGACGUAAAUCUGCAGUUGCUUCGCCAAAAACACCGAAAAAUACUCCAAAGGCAGCACUCACUUCUGAGCUUUUCAACACGCCAGACAUUGGGAAAAAGAAGCCACAAACUGCUGUUUCUGCCUCUGCUAAGAAAGCGGCUUUAGAGGCUGAAUUUUACAUUGUUCCUGAAUUAACACCUAAAGAACAAUAUGAUGUGGAUCAUCCGGAGGAUAUUGGUCAUUUUCUUUCACCGGGUGCUCGUGUACUUGCUUUAUGGGGAAAUGAAUAUUAUGGAGCUCAUAUUUGCGGUCGUGAAGCGCUUGGUCGUUAUUAUGUUUUGUUUGCUGAGGAUAAUCUCAAAAGAAUCCUUCCUCCAAGUGGCGUUUUUGCAAUUUCGUUUUUAUCGGAAGGAUUUCAGGUCUCAUUCAUAGAUUCUAUUGCUAAUGAGGAAGUUGGAAAAGUAGCUAUUGUGGAGAAACAACCUCAAAUUGGUGAUAAACAGCAACCUAAUGAAUGGGUUAAUGGAAUGUUUACUUUGCGUGAAUUGGAUGAUGAAAUGAAUUCUACUCAAGAAUUUAGAGAAAUUUUAUGGUCUCGAAUCUUUUUAACUAAAGAUCAAGCAGCAAUUAUACUUAAAGGACGUCAAUUCAAUCCGGUUCCAAAGAUUGACCAAGAAAAUAUUAUUAGUGAAUCUCGAUCAACUCGUCGAAGCCGUAGUAGUCGUUUAUGCUAUUCUGAUUUUGGAUCUGCUUCGCCAUCACCCAUGAAAACUCCAACAUCAAUCAGGCGUUCUGAAGCUAGUUUAAUUGCUACACCUAAAACGCCGCAACAAAAAUCGCCAAAAGGAAGAGGUUCUACUACACCUCGUAGUAAUCGAAAAAAAAUCAAUUUGGCUGGUUCUCCUGAAGAUAAUAAGCCUGACACUACAGAUAUGCCUGUUUUGUCUGCUUAUGGGAAAGAAGAGCAAGAUGAAGAAGAGCAAAUUGAAGGUAACAAUGAAGACAUGAAGAGUGAUGACAUUGAGGACGACAAAAAUCUCACCAAUAAAUCGUCGCCAAGAAUUACUAGAAGCCGGGCCUCUAACAGCAACGUUUCAACUCCGCAAAAGCAACAAACUCCUCGUAAAAGUCCUCGAAGUGCUAAAAAGAAUGAGACUAAAGAAGAAGAAGAAGAAGUAGGUGAUUAUUUGGAGAUAACUGGUGAAAAGAUUGAAGUGACAAUAAAUGAAGAGGAUUUGGAUAGCUUUAACGAUAGUCACAACAGCACAAUUAUUGAGGAUAGCACUCCUCAAAGGAAGCCUAGUCCAUUUGAUGCCGUGCAAAUUCUUAGUCCAGUGCAGGAGAUUACUGAGGUUUGGAUUUUUUGCUUGUUCAUUCCUUAUUGCUUAAGUCAAUUUUUCCUUGUUACAUAUAGUUUAGUGGUUUCGGUCUGUGUGGGUUCAAUAUUUUCUGCUUGUUCGAAGCUUGUCAGUUCUUUUAUGAGUUGUCGAGUCAAAACAAGCAAAAAUUAUCUCAACACCACUGGAUCCUACACUUCUAGUGCUGGAAGUGUUGCGGAAGCUCAACUUUUUGUUGGAUUUAAAUUUGUGUUAACAUCAGCAAAUCGUCCAAAUAAAGUGAGUGAUUUCAACAAGCGCGAUUAUCGCACAAAGAUUGAAGAACGUGGUGGUAUUGUAAUGGAAGAUUUUUCGACACUUCAGGAGGGAGAACAUGCUUUUUUGAUUGCUGAUACUUUUUAUCGAACACACAAAUAUUUGUGUGCUCUUUCGUUGUCAAUUCCUUGUUUGAGUUAUCUUUGGAUACAAGAAUGUGUUUCUAAGAAAAAAUUAGUUGAAUAUGAAGAAUUUUUGCUGCCUGCUGGUGAAUCAACUUCUGAGCCUGGACGUAUCUGUCAAUGGAAGCCUUUGAAAGGUGUUCUUUUUAAUGGCAAAAGAGUCAUCAUUUACAAUCGUCACUACAAUGAAGAUCCGAAUGUUAUCCCAUUUGGAGAAAUUUGGAUUGCAUUGAUGCGAAAUCUUGGAGCUACAGUUGUUGGAAUUGGGCAUGGUGAACCUUUUUCGAGAGAGGCUAAUAAAACUGCUACACUUGAAGCAAAAUUGGAGUUUUGUAGGAAAACCGAUUUCGAUAUCUUUCUUACUGAAAAUGACUGUGAACCACAAUUGGCCAGAUGUGCAACUGCAAAAAAUGCUUUAGCUGUUUCGAGUGAAUGGAUUAUACAAGCAAUGGUUACUGGAGAAUUGCCUCCAUUAGAGGAAUGUGAUCGUUUCCGCUAUGACUAUACUUAAGAAAAUAACAUUAAAAAUGGAUGUCAAUUUUUGAUAUGGAUUAUAAAAAUAUUUUUCGUUUGAUUUUCCCCUAAGAAUUAUACCGAUACUGACUUUAUAUAUUUAUUUCGAAAAUAUGUAUCUUUUCUACAAUUAUAUAUAAAAUUGAUCUUGAGUAUUUUUUAACUAGGACAUAGCAGAUCAGGCUGUUUCCCCUCUGCUUCUACUUUUUGCGUGCAUUUUUUAAGGAUAUUAUCAUUUUUGAUGUGCCAACUUUGAGAAGCUUUAUCUCGAUAAAACCUAUAGAUUUAGAAUUGCCUUACCAUAUCAUAGAUAGGACUCUAG